AUUCCACCCCCCCCCCCAAACAAAAAAACCAAGGACAGCUGAGCUAUAAACCCUAGCAAUUCAAUUGAAGAAGAAGAAAAGGACAACAAGAAUGACUGAAGUAGUAGAGGCAAAAUCAGGUGCGAAGACCUCUUCGGAAGGAGGUGAUGGGACUGGGACUGGGGAGGAGAUAUCUCUGAAAGAUAAAGGCAAUGAAUUUUUCAAAUCAGGGAAUUACCUCAAAGCCGCUGCUCUCUACACACAAGCCAUCAAGCUUGACCCCUCUAACCCCACUCUUUACAGCAACCGUGCUGCUGCAUUUCUACAGUUGGUUAAGCUCAACAAAGCUCUUGCUGAUGCUGAAACAACUAUUGCACUGAAACCUCAGUGGGAAAAGGGAUAUUUCAGGAAAGGAUGCAUAUUAGAGGCCAUGGAACAAUAUGAUGAUGCCUUAGCUGCCUUCCAAACAGCUUUGCAAUACAAUCCUCAAAGUUCUGAAGUAUCAAGAAAGAUCAAGAGGGUUUCCCAUUUGGCGAGAGACAAAGAGAGAGCUCAAGAAGUGGAGAACAAGAGAUUGAAUGUUGAUAUGGAAAAGAACUUGGAUACGUUGAAAUCAGAAAUGUCUGAGAAGUAUGGAUCUGAAGAAUGCUGGAAAGACAUUUUUUCUUUUCUUGUUGAGACAAUGGAGACAGCUGUAAAAUCAUGGCAUGAAAGUUCUAAAGUGGAUCCAAGAGUCUACUUCCUUCUUGAUGGGGAAAAGACCCAGACUGAUAAAUACGCUCCAAAUGUGAAUAUUGAUAAGGCCUUUGAAUCACCCCAUACACACAGCAAUUGUUCUUCUUUUCUUAGGCAGUAUGCGGAGGAUUCUUUCUCUAGAGCAGCUUGCUUGGUGACUCCCAAAAGUAUCAUGUCUUACCCACAGGUCUGGAAAGGUCAAGGAUCAAGAAAGUGGAAACAUGGGCAACAUGAUGGUUUCUUUGUUCAAUUUGAGUCACCAUCCCUGCGAAAGCUGUGGUUUAUUCCUAGCUCCAAUGAAAUGGGACAAACAUUGUGCAGGGAUCCAGAGGUUCUCGACAUCGGUGCCCAUGAAUUGCUUCCACGGCUGUUCAAGGAAAAGCUUUCCAAUUCUUAGUAGUCUUUGUUAUCUUGGCUUGGGUUCCAUCAUAGAAAUUUGGGUCAUCUGCUAAAGUUGGAGGGCUAUGAGUAUAAACGAAAUACACAACUUUGAGGUGGUAAAUGCUUUGCCAGAAUGCCAGUGCCUGCUUUUCUUUGUCAUACCGUGUGUGUAUUCAGUUUUGAACACCUUCUGAAAAUUCUGCAGGCUUUUUUUGAGUGCUUUCGUUUUGCAGAUACUUUUUGUUAUAUGAUUGCUUUUCCUUUACUCUGGUGAUGAGGAAGGCUUUGGCCCUUGAAUUAAGUGGGUCAUUUCUGAUGCUGAUGCCAUAUUACUAACAGUUCUUGCAA